CUGAGAAAGUGCAGAAGUGAGGUUAUGUCUCUCGGUAAAACUAGUCAGCCCCUAAGAACUCCCAUAUGGGACGCCGCCCCACCAGCACUAGAUUGACAAUAUCUAUUGACACUUGAUAUUGAGAUCGGGAUCGGGAUCGAUAUCGAUACCAAGACGCAGUCUUCAAUGGCGAAUCCAGCGAUUGAGAGCUUGGUGGAGUCGAUAAAGUCAAAGGUGAGGGCGUUGAAGAAGAAGACCAAGAGCGGCAGUAAGCCGUACGUUAAGAUGGCCAAAAGCUCGAGCGUGAAGGUGGAGAUCCGCAGCCGCAAGGCCCGCAAGCUCAUCGACAAGACCCUCAAGGCCGCCGACCAACCCGGCAAGCAUAGCCUCUCUUGAUCAUCCACUUACCAUCCAGUUCGCCUUUCUUGCACUGGUCUCUCUUGCUUUUCUCUUCUUGUUAGGGUAGAUUUUGCAUAUACAUGCCCGCUUUUUUCAUCGCAGCAUCGACAUCGAUCGUGAUGGGAAUGUAAAUUCUCGCAAAUAUAUAUUCGAAGAAAGCUAUGUAAAGGUGUGCUUGUUUGUGUUGCGAAUAUGUGCAUCUGAUGAUUUCAGCUGAAAGAAUUGAGAAACUUCAGUUGGAUAUGUUCAUCAUGAAAAAUUUCAGCCAAACGGGUUAUCUUAUAGACAUUGUAUAUAUGAGAUGCCGAAUCAAUAAAAGUACGCCGACAAAUUAAAUAAGGCUCUUUGUUCGA